UCUUUUGCCCCUUCUUCCAUUCCCACAAAAUGCUCUUUGCUUUGCCCCCUCCCCACCCCAACUCUUUCUCUCUUUGAAUUUAGGGUUUUCUCCUCCAUUAAUUAUCAGGGCUAUCUCUCUGUGAAAUUGUGCCCCUCCAGUUCCUGCAGUACUACUUAUUCCCCACCUUGUCUUCAUCUUUGGAGAAGCAAAGAAUUAACACUCUCUUGCAAGUGAGGGAAAAGGUACGUACGUAGUAGUGCCCUUUUCCUCCUUAUUCUGAUCAAAGACCAGACCAGACAGAGGUAAAAUCAUACAUUCAUCAAUGGCUUCCUCCAGCUCCUACAACUCUCCCUGCGCUGCCUGCAAGUUCUUGCGGCGGAAGUGCACGCCGGGCUGCAUCUUCUCCCCCUAUUUCCCCCCAGAAGAGCCGCAGAAAUUCGCCAAUGUUCACAAGAUCUUCGGCGCAAGCAAUGUCUCCAAGCUCCUCCACGAUAUCCCGCCUCACCAGAGGGAGGACGCCGUCAACUCUCUAGCCUACGAGGCGGAGGCCCGUGUCCGGGACCCCGUCUACGGCUGCGUGGGAGCGAUCACCUUCCUCCAAAGGCAGGUGGACCGCCUCCAAAAGGAGCUGGACGCCGCCAACGCUGACCUGAUCCGGUACGCCUGCAAUGGAGGCCUUCAUCAGCCCUCCACCAACCCUAUGGUGGUGCCGCCACCGCGACAACGGCCCAUCGUCGAGCACAACAGAAGGAUUGCAAAUGAUGGUGGUAGUGGAUUUUAUCAAACACCUUCUAGCUUCUCAUUUCCAUACUACAACUCUCCAUGGAAUGAUCAUUACGGCCCUCAUGGAGGAGGGUUUGGUGGAAGUAUUUGAUCAGCAAGAAGUUGAAAUGGGCUGAUGGAGAUCAUCAUCAUAACCCUAUUUAGGGUUUGUGUGGGGAAAUUAAUAGCUCAUGGAGAAGCCCUUUUCUUUGCUUUCACAUGGCAUCAACUUUCAUGAUCUCACCUACGUUUGUGCUCUUAACUAAGCCAUAAUACCUACCCUCUCAUGGAUUCUUGAUCUACCUAUACACCUAUAUAUCAAAUAUUUUGGUGUGAAUUGUGCAAGAACUUUUGUACAACUGAAGAAUGUAUGUGGGGGGGUUGUGAUCAGAAUAAAAAAGAAAAAAAGUGAGUGAUUUUUGUUUGUGUGAAGUGAUGAAAUUGUGUAAGAUCAUGAGACAGCUACAUGUAUUGAUAAUUCUUGUUGAGGACCACUA